AUGAAGUCGAAAUUGUUAAUCCCCAAGCAAACUCACAAAUCGAAAUAAAUAAAACGAAUCCAAUUAAAUACGUUGUAAAACAAAAUGGAAUGGCGAUCCUAAAAUCGAUACAAUUUUCAGUUUAUGAAUAUAUAACCAAUCCUUCACCCGAAUGUUCAAAAGUUGUUGAAGUCAAUUCAGACAAUUAUAUUUACACCAAAAAGCUUACUGAAAUAAAAAAAUGUACACUUAAAUUGGUAGAAGAGAAGGUAGCAAAUGUCACAAGGGAAGACUUUAAAGAUAAAUUAGGAGGAGAAAUCAAUUGGUUUGUUGAUGGAGCAAGGUAUAAAGUAGGAAAGCAAUAUUAUCUUAGGGUUGGUUUGGAACUAUCGUAUAGAAACAAAGGAAUUUGGGAUACUUUGUUAAACGAAUACGUGAAUGGACCAUUGCUGGCUAGCGGGGUUCCAGGAACUGAUGAAACUUCUGGCGUUAAACAUCGUAGAAAACUAAAUUACAGUAAUACAAAACGUCGUCGAUAA